CUCCCCUUUCGGAUCUCCUGUCCGGGGGAAGACCGGGCCCCCUCCUCCCCUCCGCGGGCGGCAAGCAGAGCCCAGCCCUCCUGCCUCCCGACCGGCCGCCCCCCUCCUCCUCCUCCUCCUCCAGCCCCUCGCCUUGUUCCGCGCGGAGUGCAGAUCGCGGCAGCAGGAGGCGAAGCCGAGAAGGCAGGGGAAGGGAGCUUCGCGCCCAGCCGCUCGCUCGCCUCUGCCCGAGCCGGCCCGCCGCCUUCUGCCUGCCUCCUCCUUCCUUCCUUCCCCCGGGGCGGCUGCAGCAGCUGCACCAAGGAGCGUUGCCAAGGAUCCGCCGCUGUUGGGCACGAAGCGGGGGCCGAAGAGAACCGCUCAGCGGCGACUCGGGUGUAGGGACGAGGGGAAAGGAGGCAGGCAGGCAUAUAGACACACGAGCACGCGGGACACCGCGUCGGGGAUCCGUACAGGGACUGCAAAACUUGAUCCGCCUUUAGGAGGGGGAAGGGGGGACUCAAUAGAGACUCCCUCCCAUCCAUAUAAACGCAGCCUUGGACCAGAAGGAAUCCCCUUAGUCCCACCAGAAUAUAAGAGCCGAGCUCUUUUGAAAGUAGCCGAAGACCAUUUCUGCCCUUUCCUCUCUCCCAGGGCCAAGGGGAGGAUCGUGAGCGGUGUGACCAGGCUCUCCAAGAUUGGUGCAUACAUACAUACAUACAUACAUACAUACAUACAUAUACAGUACUUAAGGACAUCUCCUUCUGUUGAAGCUUGGGGAAGUUUUGCUUCUCUUCUGGUGCCAGCAACGAAGAAAAGAAAAAAAGGGAGAGAGAGAGAAGGGAAGGCACCAGCUUCCUAGGAAAUCCUUCUUGAGCGCCAAGGAGCCAUCCUGAAAGAAUAAGCACACUCAUCAUAAUACAAGGAUACAUCUGGACUCUGUUUGCAUUUCCUGGUUUUCCUGGGGACGAAGAUGCUGUCCUACAGCGUGCUGGAUGCUAAUGUGGUGGACGUGGAAAAAAGGCGAAACCCAUCCAAGCAUUAUAUGUCCGAAACCAUACAGGGAGGAGCAUACUUGGUCAAAUAUUUGCCAGUGUGAUUCAGCAAUACCUAACAAAACUAUACACUGAGCUCCAUGAUUCCAGGAGAUACAGGAGACAUCUCCAACCCUAACAUAUGCUAAGUAUAUAUCAUAAAUGUAACAUGGUCAGACUCAAGUUGCCAGACAAUCUACCGCAGAUACAGCAAGUUCUUUGACCUACAGAUGCAGCUUCUGGAUAAAUUCCCUAUCGAAGGAGGCCAGAAAGAUCCCAAGAAGAGAAUCAUCCCAUUUCUUCCAGGUAAAAUCCUAUUCCGGAGAAGUCACAUUCGAGAUGUCGCUGUGAAGAGGCUACGGCCUAUUGAUGACUAUUGCAGGGCAUUGGUGAAGCUUCCCCCUCACAUUUCACAGUGUGAUGAAGUCUUUCAGUUCUUUGAGACCAGACCAGAGGACCUAAACCCUCCUAAAGAGGAUUAUGGAUCCUCAAAAAGGAAAUCAGUCUGGAUGUCCAGCUUAUCUGAUUCUCCAAAGAAGGUUAUUGCAGGUGCUGACGCUAGUUCUGAACCUAUGAUCCUGGACCAGUAUGUGGUGGUGUCUAACUAUGAGAAACAGGAAAACUCGGAAAUCAGCCUGCAAGCUGGAGAGGUGGUGGAUGUAAUAGAGAAGAAUGAAAGUGGUUGGUGGUUUGUAAGUACCUCGGAAGAGCAGGGCUGGGUCCCUGCCACUUACCUGGAAUCCCAAAGUGGAAUUAGAGAUGAUUCUGAAAUUAACAUGUCCAAAGGAGGGGAAGUUUCUAAGAGACGCAAGGCACACCUGAGACGCCUGGACCGGCGAUGGACACUGGGAGGGAUGGUCAACAGGCAGCAGAGUCGAGAAGAGAAAUAUGUCACAAUCCAGUCAUACACCAGCCAGGGGAAGGAUGAAAUCGGGUUUGACAAAGGAGUCACUGUGGAGGUCAUUCAGAAGAACCUGGAAGGAUGGUGGUACAUAAGGUAUUUAGGCAAAGAGGGCUGGGCCCCAGCCUCGUACCUGAAAAAAGCAAAAGAUGACCUUCCAUCAAGGAAAAAGAACUUGACGGGGCCAGUGGAAAUUAUAGGAAACAUCAUGGAGAUCAGCAACCUGUUGAAUAAGAAAUCCUCUAGUGACAAGGAAACCCAGUCAGAAAUUGAAACAGCAGAAUCCCACAUCACCAAGAAGGAAAUAAGCUUGCCCAUCUUAUGCAAUGAUUCUAAUGGCAAUGCCAUGAUGACUCAAGACAAACAGAUUUCAAAAUUGGCACAGGGUUCUCCAGCCAUAGCACGGAUUGCGCCACAAAGAGCUCAAAUAAGUUCUCCAAAUCUAAGAACCAGACCUCCCCCAAGAAGAGAAUCUAGUUUGGGCUUCCAGCUGCCUAAACCUCCUGAGCCACCAUCAGUGGAAGUUGAAUACUACACCAUUGCAGAGUUCCAGUCUUGUAUCUCUGAUGGGAUCAGCUUUCAUGGGGGACAAAAGGCGGAGGUUAUUGACAAGAAUUCUGGUGGCUGGUGGUACGUGCAGAUUGGUGAAAAGGAAGGCUGGGCUCCAGCUUCAUACAUUGACAAAAGGAAGAAGCCAAAUUUAAACAGGCGAACAAGUACUUUGACCAGACCCAAAGUUCCUCCCCCAGCGCCUCCCAAUAAAUCAAAAGACUCUGAAGAAGGAACAGUUGCUGGAACCAUAUCUUCAGGAGAUGCCCAGGACAAGCAAAAGUAUGAGGAGCCAGAGUAUGAUGUGCCUGCCUUUGGUGCUGACUCUGAGUCUGAGCUGAGCCAAGGGGAAGAUGGCAGCUUGGAGAGAGGCAUGUUCCAUCUACUCAAGCCUUCCCCUGUGUCAUCCCUCCAAAGGGCAAAAUUCCGAGUUGGAGAGUCAUCUGAAGAUGUAGCACAUGAAGAGGAGACCAUCUAUGAAAAUGAAGGUUUCAGGCCAUACAUAGAAGAUGCUCUGUCAAGCAAAGAAUCUAGUGGGGACUCUGAUUCUCAAAGAAGUUCAUCACUGUCUCUGAUCCAAAGAAAUUCUCCAUGUUCUGUUUCUCCCAAGUCUUCCCUCCUGAAGCCCAAAAGCGACAAGAGCAUUCAGCCAAACCUUGGGAAGCCGCACUACCCCCGGAAUGAGGAGACAAAGCCAAGGUCCGCUUCAGACGUUGGUUUAAGUAGCAUGCCCAAAACUGGCCUAAAGAGGGAUACUGGGGAGGCAGUGUCUAGCAGGGCAAAACCAAUGGUGAGACCAAAACCUUUCCUGAACAAAGCAGACUCCCAAAGCCAAGAAAGGAUGGACAUCAGCACUUUACGUCACCAGCUGAGACCAACUGGACAGCUGAGAGGCGGACUUAAAGGUUCAAGAAGUGAAGAGUCUGAAAGUCCACCUCGGACAGCUUCUGGAAACCCAGAAGAGUCAUUCAGAAGAAGCUCUGCAGAUCUCAUUCCCACUCAUUCCCAUGCCAUAUUCUACUCCAGCCAGCCAAACAAGGCAGAGAAUGAAAACAACUCCUCAAAAUGUAUCUAUGUAACUACUGAUUCUUACCAGAAAGUUCAAGAUUCUGAGAUCAGCUUCCCAGCGGGGAUGACAGUGGAAGUUCUGGAAAAGCAAACAAGUGGGUGGUGGUAUUUGAGAUAUGGAGACACAGAAGGCUGGGCUCCUUCUCACUAUCUGGUACUGUCUGAUAGCCAGCAACGGGAAACCACUUCGAAUGAGGCUAACAUCUCAGUGGCCAAGAACAGAAGGAAUGAAAACAAAUCCAACAGCUUGGAGAAGAUAGAGAAGAAGGUCCAAGCACUCAACACCAUCAACCAGAGCAAGAGAGCAACACCUCCCAUUCCCAGCAAACCACCUGGUGGCUUUUCUAAAACAUCUGGGUCUGUCAAAUUGCGGAAUGGGGUUAGGCAACUAGCAGUGAGGCCACAGUCAGUGUUUGUCUCCCCACCACCCAAGGAUAAUAACUUGCCUUGUUCCCUGCGUAGGAAUGAGUCUCUUACUGCCACAGACCACCUGAGGGCAGUACGCCGCAACUCUUCUUUCAAUGCUGCCCAAUCUCAGACUAGUGAUUCUAAGAUAAAGCACACUGAUCGGCUGGGUUCUGAGGGGUCUGAGACAAGUUCCUACGUACCUUCUGAGCGCAAUGGAAUCCCAGUGUCCACAGUCAGGCCCAAGCCCAUUGAAAAAUCCCAGUUCAUUCACAAUAACCUUAAGGAUAUCUACAUCUCCAUUGCAGAUUAUGAGGGGGACGAAGAAACUGCUGGAUUUCAGGAAGGUGUCUGCAUGGAGGUCCUGGAAAGGAACCCAAAUGGUUGGUGGUACUGUCAGAUUAUGGAUGGAGGAAAACCUUUUAAAGGCUGGGUGCCCUCGAAUUAUUUGGAGAAAAAGAAUUAGUGUCUUUAAAUUCCAUUAUUUAUACUUUUAUACUGUGUACAUACGGAAGGAAGGGGGAAAAUACAAUGAUUUUAUUCCCUUUUUAGUCUAUCUAAUAUACAAGGGACUGUUGAUCUGACCUUUGCUAUGACCAGCAAGUCUGCCGUCUUUGAGGGUGUUUGAAGGAAUUGGCUUGUUCAGCAAAUAUCAAGGGAAAAGGCAGCUGGAACUAAUGGCAUUCUCUUUCUGUUUUGGUGAAGACCUUAAUAAUUUUGAGUGCAACGUGGUUCAUUAUUCCACCACCCUGGUUGUCAUAAAAGGAAACCAAAUGUGUGCCUUUCACAGUAUAGUUUGGACCUGUGCAUCCACUUGUGAAUGGUGGGGACUUUGGUGCCAACCUGGACAUGUUAAAAAAAUCAGCUUGUUCAUUUCUUCCACAUGGAGUGUGCGAAAGUGUUUCCAAGCUGUGGAUGAGUCUCCACCACCAGCAAGAUAUCUUUAAGUCAGCAGAGCAAGUGGGGAAACUCAAGAAAUCCAGUGUUGGCCCUCGGCUAUCACAUUCUUGUCUCCAGAUUGAAGACUUGGAGCUUUUUCACUGUGCAUUGCUAGUACCUGACAUUAAGUGCAUAUUGUCAGUUUCCCCCAAUGGCAUCGGUCAUGCUUCUGUCCUGUGGUGAUCUCUGUGUCAACUGUUUGGGGAAGGGGUCAAGUUUUUUUUACUAUUAUUAUUGGAAUUAGAUGUGUAGUCAAACUUUAAUGUGGUUCCUAGGUGUUUGUAUGCACACUAAAAAUUCUGUGUUUGCAACACACCUCUUGUGCAAACUUAUUGGUCUCAAAAUUUAAUGUUUUAUUUUGAGGUUCUUCUGAACAACCAAUACUGAAAGUACUGGUUGAAGGGGUUUGUCACAUACUUUGCUAUCCAGAGCCCCAUAUUGGACUAUGAAGCAGCAAAGUUUCAUCUGAAUGCAGGGAAUAUCAGUUGUCUGUAGCUUAAAAGGGGAAUCUGCAGUUCCACAAAGCCCCAUUUGCUGGCUCAUGGACCAUCAUGGGUUUGGCUCCUUGGCCAUCCAUAAGCCUUUGCUAGAUGGAAAGGGAUUUCUCAAGAACUCUUCCCUUCCUCUUCAUUUUGCCCAGGUCAGAAUUACCAGGCUUGCUUCCACCAGUGCUUCUGCACAGCUCCUUAAGUUGUGCAUGCACUCUGCUCCCACCCCAAAGCCCCAUAAGGCUUCAGCUCUUGUGGCCGCACAGUGGCCUCCUGUGGCUUGAAAACCAGGCCAAUGAGUCAUGUAACACAGUGGUGAUGGCUUCUCCAGAGCCAUCUGCAGGGCUCCACCUGCCAAAGUAGGUGAGUUGGCCCUGAGUGGAGGGGAUUUGCUCCCACAUAAUGGGCCUUUGUUUUGCAGGGGCUUUCCAUUAUUUCCUAUGAAGGGAAGCAUUUAUUCAUGUUCACAGGGAUUGGAUCUCUCUAUUGUGCAUGAUGUAAAAACAUUUCCUUGCCAGUAGAAGAGAGUGAGGAGUUACUUUUCUGUAAGGAGUAUCAGGGAUACCUUGAAGCCACUGCAUCACAGCCGAUUGCCCACUCCAGGUUCUACUUGAGGUGCAGGAGUGUCUAUAUGUAAACGUGGAGCUUCUCCGUGUCCCUGCUCUUCCGCAUGCCCUUCAUUGAUAGAGGAGUGAUACCCCGUGUGCAUCCUCAUGUGGAAAUGAGGUGGACAGUGCCAGUGCAGGAAUUGUGCAUGCAUGUCAGAACGCUCACAGUGCUUAAGAUCAAGAAUACUGGGAGUAACAAAUUUAAAAUAAAAACAAAGCAAGGAGACCCAUACAGUUUGUAUUUAAGUGUUGUUUCCAGAUAUGAAUGCCCAUUCUCAGCCAGCAGAGAAGCAUCUGUGUUUACAAAGUUGGGGCAGGGAAGAGAGAAAAAAGCCAUGCAUUUUACUGUCUGCACAAUUGUUUUUAAUUUGUAUAUUUGUGGGAUGAUUUUUAUUUUUGAACUAUCUCUGUCCUAAACUUUUUAUUUCCCCCUUUUUAAGAGCAAGCAGUAGGAAUCACUCUUCUGUUGUAUUCACUUGAACAUUACUUUGUAUUGGGAGAGAAGCACCUGAUACUUUCAAAACCUGCAAAGCAAUUGAAUGAGAACACUAUUGAGUGGAGAAUGUACCUGUUCAAGCACUGCUCACCUGCACACAUGGGCAGUCUCUCCAUUUCUGUUUCCACCCCCCACCAUUGAUAUUUAUAAUCAUGAAACUUCAAAGAUAGAACAUUUGUGGGAGAGCAUGGAAAAAAUGAAAAGCCACUGGGAGAAAAGGCUUGGGUGCAAAGUGUAUCCCCCUCCCUGUGGCCUCAAACACCAGCCCUUAAAUAAACUUUAUAAUUGUAAAAAAGGAAACACCGGAUGGCCUUUGCUUAAGAAUACCGAUUCUCAGAUGAGAGUUUGAUGUCUCUGUCCUGAGGCCCAGCAUUUUGUGUGUCAAGAGAAGAAAACCAGCUGUGUUUGUGUUACUGUGCAAGAAUAAAUAAUAUAAAUAUCUAUUUCAUCUUCCAGCAACACUUCAUGCCUUCCACUAGGUGAAAGAUAAAAGAAUGGGAAGAUUUGAACGAACUGAAUGGAUACAUUUCUUCCAAAGGAUUCAAAAUCAAAUAUAUAAUGGGGAGAUGUUUGGUCUUUGGGAAACAUUACAUAAUUCUCACUUGAUUCAUCUCUCUUUCUCUUUAAACAAAAAUAUGGUGUUACGCGUCUUGAAUCAAUGAGAAAUGUUGGGGGAGGGGUUGAUUUCUGCAGCUCAUGUGCCAAUUGUCCUUUCAGUUUGAUCUGUUGAGACACCAUUAAAGUUUGGCUGCCACCACCUUCCAUACUAUUGCUUUAUAUUGGAUAAAUAAGCAUGGAAGAAGGGUUGGCUUGUGUGAAGCAGGAAGGAAUUGAGAGGCCUGUGACGCGCUCAGUGGAAGAGCUCAUGGGGAGAAGGUCAUGAUCUACACUGCAAAGUAAAAGGUGUAGGUGUUUUUCCUGAGCUUUUCUUCCUAAGGCCUAGCAGCUCUGCCUCUUCGAAGUUUCUCUUCCUUUUAAAAGUCUGCUGAAACCUUAGCAGCCAUUGUUAAAAGAACUGCCAGAGCUGCUGUGAGAUUAUAAAUAGAAGUAUUAUGUUCUUCUGCUGGACAGUAUUAAAUAGAGCAAAACCAUAAAGUAAUCUGCUAGAUUGCAGUACUAAUAGUAGUGAUUUAGCAACUCAUAUUAAUGUUUAUGAUUUAUUUUUUAACAAUAAUGAUAAGGAAGUGGUUCAUUAUUUUUGAAUUAAUGCACUUUAACAAUUUAAACCAAAAUGCAGAAAAAACCAAGUGCAUUAUUUAAAGGUGCAGUAUAAAUUGUCAUUUUUUAAAAAAGUUCACCUAUUUAUUAAAAUAAUUUAUGAUUAUUUAAAAAUUGUACUAUACAGUUUUGUUCUAAAGAUGCCAUCAUCUCCUGGGAAAGCUAAAUAUGCAGCUCCCAACUUUUCUACAUUGAGCCAUUGGACUCUCAAAAUACAGUAGAUUCAGUUAGCAAGUGUCAACUUUCUGCUAAGGAAAAGGGACAUAUAUUUCAGAAUUGGAGAGCAGUGGAUCAGCUAGUUAUAUUCCUUAAACGUAUGCAGCCCUGAGUAAAUGUGAGGAGCUGACCUGAAGUAGUAAUUGAACAAUCCCCCAUCCCACCACCAGAUUCCCUAGAUGUCUUCAAUAUAUUCUGCUAGCACCCAACACUUAAUGGAUGACUGUUGAACAUUCUCCAGUCCUAUGUGCAGAAGAUCGCUGUCUGCUAAAUUGAUCUAAAUAUGCUUUUGCAAAGUCCUCCUGAGGACCUACGCCUUUCUUGCUGCAUAUCAAGCAUGUGGCUUGUCUACUAUUCUUUCAGUAAGGGAAACUGCUACCCACAAAAACAAUAUCUAUUUGCUAUCAAUAUGAUACAGAGCAGGCAUGGCAUCUGUAAGCCCUGUUUUCUUGCAGAGGUCUCCUAUUUAUGAGAUCAGUUUGCUCAGCAAUAAUUACUGAAAGAUGUAUACAAAUACUUGAGUAGGAUCUAUUGUGCAUUAAAAGAAGAAAGCAAUAUUCAGUUGCCCAACAGAGGCGGUCCAGUAGCCAAUAUUAUAAUAUACUUUAUGUGAUUAUGGUGAUGAGGUUCUUAGCAAGUAGCAAAGUUAACUUCUGAGCUGCUCUCAGAUUUGCAUCUACUUGCUGUUCCUGAUAUUGUGCUUUCUGCAACACACACACAAAUAUAUUUGUGUGCUUGUGCACACAAGAUUUAGCUUGUGCAUGCACACGUGUUGGACAAGCUUGGAGGCGAUUUCAUGAUGUAUGAAAGGGGUGGAAUAAAGGACACUAGAAAGCACCUUUAGUCAGUUUCACUGUUACUGGUAUGCAGUUUACGUUUCCCACUUUAGCUGAUAGGUCAUAUCUAGGAAACUUUUUCAGAACUGGAAAAUUAAAUGCAGCACCAGGCCUAUUCACAAUUACUUGUGACAAGUCUUCAUGAUCUCACUGCACAAACACUAUAGUCCCAUUCAAAUGGUUGUAAAAUACCUGCAGCAUUUUGGUGGGGAAAAGUAUUUUGUACUUCUAAAAACUAAUCAAAAAUCAAGUUGCAAUUUAAUAAUAAUUGUACUUUCAGAGUUAACUAAUUCACUUUUUUUAAUUCUCCAGGGAGCUACUGAAUAAAAUAUUUUGAAGUCGGAGUGCCCUCUUGUGGAAGGAGGAGUGGCUUUCUAGUUAUUUUCCUGAUUAUUUGAGAUUACCUUGGUCAUCCAUGCUUUCAAAAAAAAUAUAUGAAAUGGGAAUGAUUGAGAAAGCAAAAGUUAAAAACAACAACCAAUCAUCUUUUUUUGAAAACAAAAAACCAAAAAUUUGAAACUUUUUUGUUCUGCUGUAUACUGCAACUUUAAUAAUAAUGAGCACUUCUGAGUUCGUUAUUGCGGUUUUAUAUAAUGCCUGAAAAGAUACUCUUCCUGUUUUGUUUUGUUUUUAAAUUCUAGUGAACACUAUUUCUCUUUGACUCUUCCUGCAUAUACCUGUUGCCUAUUGCAAUUUCUUUCAAGCUGAGACUUAAGUUUAUUUCUCAAAAAGCUGAUGAGUUAGCAAACCUGUGUCUGCAAUGGAUGCUUCCAUGCUUGAAUGAUCCACCACAUCCACAAACUUACCUGCAUAGGCCAGGUAAGGUGUAGCCUUGAAGUCAUUUCCUUAACAUUUUGUUUUCUGUAUGCAGGAAUUCUUCUUUUGUUUUUUGUUCUUGUUAGGUUUUGUUUUUCUGAGGCAGGUCUUUCAAUCAGAUCUUUCCCUAUCUGCAGUCUGAAGUGGUUCAGUUCAGAUAAAGGUUUACCACCUGGCUGUUUCUUGAGAACUAGGCCUCACUGAAAAUUUGAAUGCCUGGUCAACAUAUAUCAAAAUAUCAAUUUGGAGCCACCUGGGCUCAUGUGAGGGACUUUUACCAGCCAAGAAUUUGACUACAGCUGCCGCCCACCACACCGCUCCCAGUCAUAUCACUAACUGCUUGUGAAAGUCCCAUAUUUCUGAACUGUUUUGCUAUGUAACAUUGGGCUGAUACGGGGUGGGGUGCUGCUGAAGGAAACCAUGGGCGUAAAGUUCCUUGCACUGAUGGAACUAGCUUCAAACCCUUUUUGGAUUCUGGCCCAACUUUCCAGUGAUUGAAGUCCUAGUCAAAACAGUUCCUCUGUGCAAAAAAAAAUAUAGCACUUACUCCUUAACACAUCUACAGGGAAUUAAGUCCCAUUGACUCCAGUACAAAUGUUGCUUAGGGUCAUGGCCCCAACUGAAUACAAAAUAAUUUGGGUGGGACUUCUUUAAAAUGCUCAUUUGUACAGGUAACUGGCAAGGAACAUUACAGACUGGCUAAUUCAGGUCUAGAUUCUGGGGUAGGCGAACAAGUGCAUUUGUGUUUCAAGUUUACAAUGCAGUAGCAACGUCUGCAUUUGUCUCUGAUGAUGAGCAAUUUCCAAAAAAGUUUCUUUCAGUAGUAACACUGAACAUUUUGACGAAGGCAUUAUAGAAUUGUUUGUUUAAACUACUUUCAAAUAUUAGUGUGGCAUAUUUUAUUGUAAAAUUAUACUCAUUGCUUUUCUCUGUUUAAAAUGUGUUAACGUGCUUUCUAUCAUUUAUGAGAAACCGAAGGGAAUCUGGGUUAAACAUUCAUUAUUUUCAUACUACUAGCAUUUACAAAAUAGAAAUACUAGUAUUUAAGUUUAGAUCUCAUUAGCUAGUUUGUUCAUUUACAUUUUUCUCAUGUGUAUGUGUGUGUUGUUGGGUUUUGGUUUUUGGGUUACGUUCCCCCCCCUUUUUUUUUUGCAUUUUCAAGAUAAAAUCCAGUUGGAGGAUAUGUGCAAUAUUGAAAGAGAUUAAACAGGCCCCUCAUCCAGGACUUAAAAGUGGAACGCACAGUGUGAUUUUUAAAAGUCUUGUCAUUAUCCAGUCAUGCACUCUUGGGGGGAAAUGAGGAAUGAGAGGAAGGGAACCAUUGAGCAAAAGAGAGGAGGCAGCAGAAAAUUUCUGGUAUAAAUGGAUUGUAAGUGUGAAUUUACUGUGGUGGCUGAGUGCAGUAGUGGUUACACAAGUGCAUCACACUUGAAUAGAAGUGUGACUUGUUUGUGUGUGUUAGUGACUGUUCAACACCCUUUUUCUUUCUAAUACUCAUUUUUUUUCUUACAAAAUUCAGUUUGUUCAGCUAAGGCUGCUUUCUUAUACUCACCUAGGAGGAAGUCCCAUGCAAGUCAGUGGGGCUUACUUCCGUGUAGACAUGUAUAGGAUUGUGCCGCUGGAUGGUUUUAGUUAGCAUGGAAUACAUGCUGGAGCUUGGAAUAGAUGUGUUGAGGGGGGAAAUCACUCAUGAGACAACAUGAGGAUUAAUUGUAUGCUUGAAGCACAGCAUGUCAAAUCAGUCUCUACCUCAUGAUCCCUUAGUGCUCCAUGCCUUUCAGAAUCAGGCCAUUUGCAAGAAAAGAUGUGCUUGUUGGUGCAUGGCCUGCUGUAUCUCUUUCCACUGAUAAGAACAGGAAAGGUUCCUAUCUUUAGCAGCCCAAGAUCAGGGUCUUCAUCUUUGUGCUGGGCACUUGUCCUCAAGUAGUCAAGCCUUUGAACUCACGAUGAGGCAGUUCCACAGCAAUAUUGCUUAAAUGUUCAUGAAAAUAAAAUGCUCUUUCAGCGCAUUCCAUGGGCGUAGCCAGGCUUUUUGUUAGGGGGGCAGAACCUCGGUUUGCUAUGUAUUUUUAUUGAAUUUUAUUGGUUAUGGGGGGCAGCUGCCCCUCCCUGCCCCCCUUGGCUAUGCCCAUGGCACAUUCUUAUAUAUGCCUAUUUGGAGUGAAGCCUUAUUGUGUUCUAUGGGACUUACUCCCAGAUCCCAGGGGAUCUUGUGCAGGAGCAUUAUUUGGUGAUUUUUACACCUCCAGUGUUCUUAAAAGAAAAAAGCAACUGAGUCCAGGAAAGCAACAUAAAUUUGCAUUUGGCAUCAGGAGACCCUGGUUCUUGUCUCAGUGUUUAGUUUCAUGAAAUUUGAACUCUGUGCGUGCACACACAAAGUUGGCAGGAAGAACUACACUGCUGACUGUAACACAUUUUAAAUCACAACUGGAUUUUUGCUGCUAAAUAGUCAUAAUCCAUCUGCCAUAAUCCAAGCCUCCUUUUUGAGACUCUAGGCAUACACGUUUGCAGCUAAAUCAGGGGUACUGUACAUAAACUAAGCAUUUAGCAGGUACGGAUUGGGAGAGCUGAAGUUUUUGGUAUUUUUUUUUUUUUUUGUAAAUAUGUGCUUUUUUAAGGAUGUGGGUAUUUUUUAAUUUUUUAAUUUUUGUAGCUGUCUAGAGAUCAUUGACAAAUACACGGAAAACUCAUUAGGUCCUAAAGUGAUCUCAUGGGCUUUAUGUCCUUGCUUCAAGGUUCCUGUUAGUGUCUCGGUCAAUUCCUUUACCAUAUCUGUUCACAGGUUGUUGUUACUUUUAAUUUUGAUUUUUGUGAUAUUUGAAUCAAGUACUGUACAUGUGACCUUGCCCAGCAUCCUUGGAGGUCAGUAAUUGGAGCUCCCUGAGCCAGCCCUUCAAUUGCUGUUGCUCAAGUCUCCACAGCACUGUAUAGAGCCUUCUGGAAUAACAAUUUAAGAGAUCCCUCUUAAAUUUUUUUAAAGGGUUUUUAAAAAUAAUAAUAAUAAUAAUGGUGAGUGCUUGAGUAUGCAUGUGUGCAUGUUAAAGUGGAAGUGGGGGUGUCUGGUGGGGUUUGUAUCCUUGAAGGUAUUGCAAGCCUGCUUUGAGUAAGACUCCUAUUUGGAAUCAGGUUUCUAUUUUCAGGGUUUUCUCCUCCUAAGUUGUGAUAAGAUCUCUUAGGCUCAACAUGACCAAGUAAAAGUGGGUCCCUUUCAGUCUAGGUUUACAGGGUGGGCUGGCCCCACACAGCAGUAUUUUAGAUGGUUGAUGAGUGCAAUUUCCCCUUUCUUUAAAACCAAAUUGACUGAAAGUUUCACACUGUCGUUUUAACACAUUUUCCUUGUGCAACAUAACAGCCACUAUUGUCCUGUGUUGAGACUCCUGUUUGCUAUUAAACCAAAUUGGCUGGGCCGGGGAGGCUGUAAUCUUUUGGUAACAGUCAAAAGAGGUAACUGGAUUAUGACUGAGGAGGAAUAGAUUGGAUCUCCAUUUUUUAAAAAAAAAUAUUAGGAACAUAUAUAUAUAUAUAUUUAUGCCUGGUCUGACAUUCUGGGUGCUUUUUGUGUUUUAGUGCAUGAACAUACAUCACUGCUCUGUGUUUCAUCUGUGUCUCCCAUUAUUGCCAAAAUUUCAGAUUCACUUAUUGCUAUAUAUGAAUCUGUAUCCUGAAGUUCGUAAUCCGAAGCAGUAAUGUUUUCUAUAUCAAGUAGUCUAGAGGUUCAUGAAAUGACUGGAGCUGGCAUGACAGCAUAGCCAAGUUGUGUUUUUAAGCUGGCUUUAAUCCAAGUGGCUCUACUUCACUUAAACAGCCAAUUGUUGAUGAGAAAUGAAAGAUGGAGCCAGCUGGUGAUCUCAUUUUUGCAGCAUUUUAAAACUUGCCAUCUCAGCAUUUUUGGUUUGGCAAAGCUUCACCUACACCUUUUGAGCCAGAACUUUAUUGGGGAUUGUGUGCAACAAGUUCUAACUGCAGCCUUUUACUAUGCAAAAAGUUAACUGGAGAGUUGUUUAUGAGUUUGAAAUUUAGAGACUUGUACAGAAAACCAAAAGCAGGCAGCAAAUUACUGUUUUGCCUGAAAUCUAAAAAAAGAGUAAUCAAUAAAAAGGAUUAAGGUUUCCUUUUUGCAAGAAACAGUCAGGACAGUGAAGCAGAAUUUGAAUGCCUUGUGAUUGUUACCAAUCUUCCAAGUAGUUGAUACUGAGUAUUGUUCUUUCAAUGACCCUCUUGAAAUGGUUAUUUAACAUAAAGGUGAAUGUAAUUGUCAAAAGUCUGAGAGAGUAUGUUGGUGAGGAGAUGAUGUAGGAUGUGUGGUUGGUUCUUGGGCUGUGUGAUAGAGAUGGGGAGUGGAGUUUGCUUUUGGUUUUGUUUGGCUUGUUUUUUCAGAAGGUUUAUUAUUAUUGAAGUUGGAUUGGUUACUGUUGGGAGAGCAAGUUGAAGAUUGAAUCUUUUUUUGUGGUUGGAUUUGUUAUAAGAAAGAAUCCAGGAGGGAAUCAAACUUUGGAGAAAGAGAAGAUAAAGAGUCCUAUGAUAGAUUUGGGUAGUCUUUGUCCAUUUAUUUUUCCUCUAGCUAAGCUUUUCAAACAGUUGAAUGUUAAGUACUGUUAACAAAAUAUGGGGGGGGGUUAGUCCACCCCUAGAUGACCACUAUUGUUAAAAGUUGCAUGUGACCUUUAGUGGAUCUCUAAUAAAUAUGGAAUAGAAAAAAGCAAAGAUAAACAAAACUAGCUGUUGCAUUUUACUGUUACUGUGCUCAUUAUCAAAGAUGACAUUGAGUUUAUAGGAAGAAUAUUCCGGUAAAUCUGUUUGCAUAGUAAAAUGGUUUCUGCAAAAGGAUGUUGGCCACAUUCACAAAAAUCAUUUGGGGCAAGUAUUAGUUUUGCUUAAAUCAUCUCACAGCAGAGAACAACUAUGGUGAAAUUACCUUAGCUCACAUCACCAUUUAUUUAAUAGUGACUGGGGAAACACAGUUAACCUUUAAAAUAUCACAUUAGUAGUCUCUGUACAAAACAAACGCAACAAAGGAUGACACCUGUUUGAUCUAACUCGGUCCCCUCUUAAACUGAUUUUGGAAUGUCCCAGCAAUCAAAUUCACAAGAGGAAACUAAAGGUUAUAUGCAGUAAUUUACCUUCUUAUAGUUAAACAAAAAAUCUAUUUUUUGGUCAAGUAAUUUUAAACAACAGUUGGCCUUUUCAUGUAACCUGCGAUAAUGAAUGAGAAUUUGUGUGCUGGUUAGAUUUUUGCCAUUCCAAGUUUUCAUUUCAAAACUUGAGGCCAUGUUGCACUGUUGAUGACCUUCUUGGCCAUCAUGGUUUCACCUUGUUUAAACAAAAGGUUUUGCCAGAAUGAAAGCUUUGUGGAACAACCAAGUAUGUGAAUAUUCAGCCUGGUGCCCACUGGGGUUAGUAAAGUGGCAGUCAUGAGGGCAGUGCAGUCAGAAGGUGGCCUGGUAGUCAAAGUCAGAGUUGUUUUAUGAUCACAACUCAUCUGAUAAUGAUUUAUGGUCCCACUCUUGAGAUCUUCAAAUUCUGAAAUUCUACAGGUUUGUCUGUCUUUGUUAUGGCAACUGGAGCUUCUGAAAUGUGAUUUGGAAGAAGGUGUUGUACUGUUGCAGUUGUUACCAAUGUAAAUGUAGAUCCAUCCAGGUGGAGCAUUUUAUAUCUCGGUAUUAUAAGGAGAUUUUAUGAGUUCUUGGCAUUGGAAUUUGAGAGGUGAGUGCUGCACUGGAUUCUUGCAUAGACUCAUGGGGAAAUGCUGUCAGAUCAAAUAGUUGUCAUCUAUAUACUUGACUAAAAGAUUUAAAGACUCUAAGGCAUAUAGCUCCAUAUUCAGUUUUUCCCCCCACCAACAACCAUGUGCUAUUAAUGAUUCUUGAUAAACUGAUCCCUAAAUAUAGAAACUAAAUCUUUGUACAUGUUUUGGCCCAUAUUUUAUGGCUCUCACUGCUAUAGGCUCCUUGGGCUCACUUCAGUCUUGUUGGAAUCUGUGUGCCUUAGAUGAUGGCAUAGCAGAAUGACCAUGGAAACAGCAGUUCCUUUUUGAAAUUCCAUCUGGUCUGCCUUUGUACUAAUAUUAGGCUGAAUCAGAACCCCUGACUAGGAAAAUGUCCAUGUGAUGUGCAAGAUUCUAUACAGCGAAAACAGUUCUAAGUGUGUACAGCUUGUCAAUAUACAGUUGAGGCUCAAGUUUUCACUUUGGCUAAUGAUGCUUUUUAUAAGCACCAUGUGGGCAACAUGCAAAGGGAGAUGUGUUCUCCUAAGAUCCCUUACUAUGUUCCAGAACAUGCUGGGGCACAACUCUUCAGAUCCUGUGAAGCAGCACAAAACAAGAGUUGUGCUCACCACUCUUAGCCAUUGUGGAGCAGAUAUCCUUGGGACUAUGCAGUGCUUACACUUGGAAGGGAAUUGAGGAAUAUUGCCACUCUAAGCGCACUCUCAUAUGGGGACACAUACUAGUUAUUAGGUCAGAGGCUUUUUAUGUUUGUUUUAGGGACUGCCAAGAGAGACUAGGCUGCAGCCUGUUUUACUCCCAGGUUUUUGCAAUGUGAAACCACAAUAUAAUAUUCAAUGUCUCAGGCAGAGAGGACUUGAUAACUAACUGUACCUCACAGUCAUCUCCCAGUUUACUCAUUGCUUGGACCAAAGGUGGUGCUAAUAAUAUGAACUUUAAUUUUUAUAUUUAUGUUAUUGUUGUUGGGUUUUGAGUGUGUAUAUGUUAAAUCAAUGAUGCAAGUGUCCUGUUAAACUAAAAAGAUCUUACCCAGGGCAUCAGGCACUUCAAAAACCCACAAAAUACCUUUGGGAUUCAGACAUUGUACAUUUGGAGAAGGGUAAAGGAUACUCUUAUCUUCAAAUGCUUGCAAAUUGUAAGUUGUUGCUUUUUAAAUUUCCAUUUGUUUACAUGGUCUCUUCUAUGUCCUAUGAAAAAAUAAUAAAGUUUUUGAUCUUUUUAAUUGUG